UUAGUUUUUGUAGCCUUUUAACCGUCACGAUUUGCUGAAUCACACAAACUCUUCCGCAUCGUUAAAACUUUGAAGAAAACUACGUACAGUCAGUGGCUAGCCACAGAAUAUAGCAUACUGUUUUUAGUUGUUCUUUAAAGGUAUGUACGAUUGUCAUACUCACGGAAUAACUUUUAUUUGCGAAACGUAACACUUCCUCGUGCGUUUUCGACGUUAGUUUUUGAGUGUUUCCUUUAUUGUUCAUGGAACCUUAACGCGCAUGGCACGUGACAAUUGCCAAAAUGAACACUGCAAUUUUCAUUUGAAUGGACAGGAUUAUUAUUAACUUUAACACUGCAACACUGGACAGAAAUGAAAAUCAGCAGACAGUUCACAGUUUUUGGCAGUGCCAUAUUCUGUGUGGUAGUAUUCUCAUUGUAUCUAAUGUUGGAUCACCUUCAGUUGGAUCGUAUCAAAAACCCCAUCAAUGAAGAGAGAUUACAGAACGGGCAGCUGGUCAUCCUCCAGGACAAAAUAGAUCACCUGGAAAGACUGCUUGCAGAGAACAACAAGAUCAUUGCUAACAUCAGAGAUUCAGUAACCAACCUGAGGAAGUCAGUGAACAAUGAUAAAGGUCCUCUGGAAGCUAAGAACUUGAGCCAGGGGUUGGUGGACUUGCUACCCUUUGCUCCAAUUUGGGUGCUCAUUCCCUCUGAGGAUUGUCAGUUCUCUGCUCAGACCUAUUCCAAAGCAGCAGAUGAAGUGCAGAUGUUGGAUGUGUAUGACAUGCUCAGCUUUGAUAAUCCUGAUGGGGGAGUAUGGAAGCAAGGCUUUGAUAUCUCAUAUGAGGAGAAUGAAUGGGACCAGGAGCCUUUACAGGUGGUUGUCGUGCCACAUUCCCAUAAUGACCCUGGCUGGCUGAAGACAUUUGAUGACUACUACAGAGACCAGACACAGCAUAUCCUAAAUAACAUGGUUGUGAAGUUACAUGAAGAUGAGCGGCGGAAAAUGAUUUGGUCUGAGAUUUCCUACUUUUCCAAAUGGUGGAACAACAUUGACAUCCAGAAGAAGGACGCUGUUAAAAAACUGAUAGAAAGAGGCCAACUGGAGAUGGCCACAGGAGGCUGGGUUAUGCCUGAUGAAGCCAACACACAUUAUUUUGCACUGAUAGAUCAGCUCCUGGAGGGCCACCAGUGGUUGGAGAGAAAUUUGGGAGUGAAGCCUAAGACAGCCUGGGCUGUGGAUCCAUUUGGCCAUUCUCCUACUCAGGCUUACCUGUUUAAACAAGCUGGCCUGUCCAACAUGCUUAUCCAGAGAGUGCACUACUCUAUCAAAAAGCACUUUGCCACUCAGAAGACUUUGGAGUUCUUUUGGAGACAGAAUUGGGACCAGGAGUCUAGUACAGACAUCUUGUGUCACAUGAUGCCAUUCUACAGUUAUGAUGUGCCACAUACAUGUGGUCCUGACCCAAAGAUCUGUUGCCAGUUUGACUUUAAGAGGUUGCCAGGGGGACGCAUUAGCUGCCCCUGGAGGAUUCCCCCUCAGGUCAUUACCAGUGACAAUGUGCAACAGAGGGCUCACAUGCUGUUAGACCAGUACAGGAAGAAGUCCAAGCUCUUCAUGUCCAAAGUGGUGCUGGCUCCACUUGGUGAUGACUUCCGCUACACGGAUGCUCAGGAGUGGGAUCAGCAGUUUAAUAAUUAUCAGAAGCUUUUUGACUACAUGAACUCUCAUCCUGAGCUCAAUGUUCAGGCUCAGUUUGGCACUAUAUCUGAUUACUUUGAGAUUCUGCGUAAAGUGACUGGCAUGGACCAAGCUGGCAUGAAUAAGGGAGUGUCACCAUUUCCUGUGCUUAGCGGUGAUUUCUUCACAUAUGCAGACAGAGAUGACCACUACUGGAGUGGCUACUUCACUUCCAGACCAUUUUACAAACGGAUGGACCGUAUGCUGGAAUCUCACCUCAGGGCAGCAGAGAUUCUUUAUUCUCUGACCUUGGCCAAUAUUAAGAUGUUUGGUAAGCCCAGCAAUUAUCCUGCAGUAGAAAAUUAUAAAUUGCUGACAGAAGCAAGACGCAACCUAGGACUGUUCCAACACCAUGAUGCAAUCACAGGCACAGGCAAAGACUGGGUGGUUGUGGAUUAUGGAACCAGGCUGUUUCACUCCAUUUUGAAUUUAAAGCGAGUGAUAGUGAGCUCAGCUCACUGGCUGGUGCUUGAUGACAAAAAUAUUUAUACUUAUGAUCCUGCAAAGCCACUACUUCAGAUAGAUGAAGUCCAACCAGCCCAGGAUGUCUUACCUCACAAAACUGUCAUUAAAAUCAGUGCCACACCAAGGUCAGUUGUAGUGUAUAACCCCAUCGAACAGGCCAGAAGCUCAGUGAUAAGCAUCUACGUGACCACUCCCCAUAUUCGUGUACUCACAGCCCAAGGCCGUCCAGUCAUUGCUCAGAUCACUGCGGUUUGGGAACAUUUCACCCAAGCUUCCACUGAGGUCUUUCAGGUGUCUUUUGUAGCCCAUGUGCCACCGCUGGGCCUGGCUGUCUACCAGAUGAGUGAGGGAGUGGAGCUACAUACUGAGUUAGCCCAUUAUAUGUUCCUAAAGAAGGGCGGACAUGUGUCAGUUACUGGAGCUGAGCAGUUCAGAGUGGCCAUCCCUCAAGAGACUGUUCCUGUAUCUGUGGAAAAUCCCCACCUACAGCUCUUUGUCUCCUCCACAACAGGUCUAUUGGAGACACUAAAACUGAAGGAAAAUGGAUUAAAGCACUCGAUUAAAGUAGAUUUUGUAUGGUAUGGAACCACCAGCAAUAAGGACAAGAGCGGUGCCUACUUGUUCCUUCCUGAUGGAGAAGCUAAAAAGUACUCUCCCUCCCGGCCUCCGGUGAUCCGAGUAACCAAGGGGCCUGUGUUCUCUGAAGUCACAACCACCUUCACACACAUCACACAUACUCUCCGACUUUACAAUAUCCAGGGAGUGGAUGGUCAGGCUGUUGAGAUCUGUAACACUGUGGAUAUCAGGGGAGAGUUCAACCAAGAAAUUGCAAUGAGAAUAACAUCUGAUAUUAACAGCAUGAAUCGAUUCUUUACAGAUCUCAAUGGUUUCCAGGUGCAGCCCAGAAGGACCAUGUCUAAGCUGCCACUGCAGGCUAACUUCUAUCCCAUGACCAGCAUGGCUUACCUGGAAGACUCAAACAGAAGACUUACCCUACUCACAGCACAGUCUUUAGGGGCUGCGAGUCUCAAGAGUGGUCAGCUGGAGGUAAUCAUGGACCGUCGACUGAACCAGGAUGAUAACCGUGGCUUAGGCCAGGGAGUGUUGGAUAACAAGAUCACUGCAAACUCCUUUCGCUUGCUGCUGGAGCCUAGAAAUUCUGCCCAAGAGACCCAGAGAGAGAAUAAUGCCCCAUUCAGCUAUCCAUCACUACUCAGCCACAUUUCCUGCACGUACCUUAACCACCCUCUCAUCCAAAUGGCGACCAGUGUGGAUCCGGCUCUACUUACUCCAGUACCCCACAGCCCGCUCACUUCCUCUUUCCCCUGUGACAUCCACCUGGUCAAUCUGCGCACCAUUCAGUCUCAGGAGGAAGGGGGAGGUCCAUCCGAGCAGGCUGCUUUAAUAUUGCACAGAAAAGGCUUUGACUGUGGCUUUUCCUCUAGGAACACUGGCCUACUGUGUAGCACCACACGUGGCAAGAUUCACUUAGAGGAGGUGCUGACAAAACUAAAGGUUAGCACCUUCACACCUGUCUCUCUCUCUUUGAUGUAUGAGUCCUCAAGCACACCCAAACAUCAGGAGAUCAGCCUUAAACCAAUGGAAAUCUGCACAUAUCGCAUCCAACUGGGAUGAACCAUGGCUAUAAAGAACUUUGUUUGCAAGUCCUAUUCUAAGUAUUUGGGCUGGCAAGGACAAGCAUGCUGUUGCCUUCAAUGAUUCUGUGAACAAACUGUCAAGAAGAAACUUGAAGCUCCUGUCAUGUGUUCAUAAAAUGGAAGUAAGCGCAUUCUUAGCCUUAAAACAUUUGCUUCGUGUUCACUAAGAAAAUAUGGCAAUCAAAGAUUAAAAUUUAUUUGAGGUAUUUGAAAACACAUUUAAGAAAUGUUUCCAACUUAUGAAACCACCAUUUCCCAGCAUUUUUGUAGUACCAAAAAUCUGUUUGGGUUUUAAGCUUUUAUGUGCAAUAAGAGAUGUCUGAAGAGUCUUUUAUCACCCAUAUUCUGUUAUAUUUCAAAGCAGCACACUGCCCAUAAUUAUUUCUAUAAAAAGGUGAAAUGGUCAUGGCUGUAUACUUGGACUAUUGGAGAAUAUUGUUCUUCAAUAUUCAACCAAGGAAACAUUGUUAAUGGGAAAAAAUAAGAAGUAAAUAA